AACGCUUAAAAAAAUUGUGCUUUGCGUUGUUUUAAUACAUAAUAUAUUAAUAUGUAUUGUUAAUUUAUUAUGCAAAUCAAAAAACUAGCGUUGAAUUAUUAUAAUGAUAUAUUUAUACUCAGAUUAUAGCUAUUUUUUUUUAUUAUAUAUUAUUAUUUUCUCAAAAGUACACCAUUUUUUUUAAACGUCAUAAUUAAAUAUUCUUAAGCUUUAUAUUGGGUACCUACCUAUAUUUUUAUUUUUAAUGUAUAUCGUAUAUGAUAAUAGUAGUAUUUAAGUUAUUCAACUUCAAUAUUUGGAAUGGUACAUAUUUGAAACAGUCGUUAGAAAAUCAAUUAUAACACAACCAGCUGUCUUCAACAAUUCGAAAUGUUUUUAAACUAUAUCAAUAUCGAAUUUUCCAAAGUUGAUUCACCACCGAAAACACCUGAAGAAAUGAUCGCAUUUAUCAACAAUUUACACGACGAAAGUGUAAUUUCAAAAAUUCCAAAAAAUGAUGUCAAUCUCAUCAGUCAACUCAAAAUGUAUGCUUCAUCUCAAUUAGCUGAACAAUGGGCGCAACGAUGGAAUGGAGAAAUGUCACCAGAGUUAUUCACUGAAUCCGAAGUGAGGCUCAUUUCACCUCCGAGAUAUUCGAGUAUGUCUCCAAUGCACGAAGACCUUUCACAAGCAAGGGUAGCUGACGAGGAACGUGGUAUCGAUGAAUUUUUAACACAGGCGACAUGGGCACCAGCUCGGAAAACAAAACCAUUGCCUAUUGAUGAUCCUGGCAGUCUACCGACGACGAUCAUAGACACUCUUCCCGCAUCGUUUGAUUCAGACAAUUUUGCACAGCCCCCUCCGUGGUAUACAGCGCCUCAAUAUAUUGAAUCUUCACCAACGAGCCCCGCAGUUGAUGAGAACGACGGUCCGACGUCUUUCAACCACUCGCCAUCUAUUCUCGACUUCACAGGCGGCGAGCCCACGAAAAAAUUAAAUAAGCGGAACGCUAAACGCAAACUGUUUGAAUAAUAUUAUUUAAUAAUUUUGUGUAAAAUAAAAA